AUGUUAAGAUUAAGUUUAAACUUAUUUAGAAGAAGUGGAUUUCGUUAUUCCAAACCUUGUAUGCUCUUUUCUCAAGAUAAAGAACCACCUAAAGGUAUUUUUACUAUUUUAGAAUUGCAGGUUUCCAAAAAUUUUAAAGAAAAUCGAAAAAUUAACAAGAACAAUUCAUCUAGCCAAAUGAGGAGAAGAAGGUUUCAGAAAACAUUAAUUAAGAGGAAGCAGAAAAGACCAUUAAAGAGGAUUAAUAAUAAGAUGAUCAAAUUCCAAAAGGUACUUUUAUUAGCAUAAUUGUCAUAGUGGAAAAGCCAUAGAAAAAGAAGUUCCAAUUUACUUAUGAUCCAAAAUCCUUUAAUGUCUAGGAAGAGAAUUAGAAGAAGGAAGAGUUGAAAUAAGAUUAAUAAGAAAAAAAAGAGAAAUAAGAGGAAAAAUAAGAAAAAUAAGAAAAUUAAGAAGAUGAAGAAUAAUAAUAAUAAUAAUAAUAACAAUAAGAGAAGAAAAAAUUUUAAUAUCCAAAAAUCGAUUUUAGUAAGUUUACAGAGUAUUUAAAGAAUCCAUAGAAUCGCAAUUAUAUUUUAAUGUUUUUAGGUGUAAGUGGUUUAGCUGCACUUUAUACUUAUUUAAAUAUAGAAGAAGAAAUCACUUAUACUGAGUUUCUAAAGAAUUAUUUAGAAACUAAUCAAGUCAGUUAAAUUAAAGUAUAUAGUAAUGAUAAGAGCAAAGUUAAUUAAGCUUCAAUCAUAACAACUAGAGGAGAAUCUAAAAAAUUAAUUCUAGGAAAUGUAGAUCAUUUCUUAGAAACUCUAGAACAUUUUUAAACUGAAAAAGGAGUUUAUCCUGAAUAAUUUAUACCUGUCUCAUUUGAAAUUGAAUUAGAUAAAGGAGAAAUGAUUGAUAGAGCAUUAAAUUUAUUGUAUUAUGGAGUUUCAGCUGUAUUGAUUUUUUAUAUCUUUAAAUCACUAAAAGGUGGUAUUGGAAAUGCUGGAAAAGGAGGUAGUGGUGGAAAUGAUGUAUUUGGUUUUGGUAAAUCAAAUGUAAAGUAAUUUGGAUUUGAAUAAAAUGUAAAAGUUAAAUUUUAAGAUUUGGCUGGAUUGGAUGAAGCUAAAUAAGAAAUUAAAGAAUUUGUAGACUUUCUUAAAAAACCAAAAAAAUACAAAGAAAUGGGAGCAAAAUUACCUAGAGGUGCUUUAUUGGCAGGACCUCCAGGAACUGGUAAAACUAUGGCAGCAAAGGCUUGUGCAGGUGAGGCUGGUGUUCCAUUCUUCUUUGUAAGUGGAUCAGAUUUUGUUGAAAUGUUUGUAGGAGUUGGUGCUAGUAGAGUUAGAGAUUUAUUUAAAUAAGCAAAAGCAAAGUCUCCUAGUAUUAUUUUUAUAGAUGAAAUUGAUGCAGUAGGUAGAAAGAGAGAUGCAAAAAUUGGUGGAAAUGAUGAAAGGGAUAAUACUUUAAAUUAAUUAUUAGUUGAGAUGGAUGGAUUUGGAACAGAUAGUAAUGUAAUAGUAUUGGCAGCAACAAAUAGAAAAGAACUACUUGAUCCAGCACUUACUAGACCUGGUAGAUUUGAUAGAUAAAUUGAUAUCACAUUACCAGAUAUUGAAGGUAGAAAAUAGAUAUUUAUGGUUCAUUUGGCUCCAAUAUAAUUGGAACCUUCUAAGACUAUAGAAGAAUAUGCAAGAAGAUUGGCUACUCUAACUCCAGGAUUUAGUGGAGCUGAAAUAGCUAAUCUUUGUAAUGAAGCAGCAAUUAUGGCAGCCAGAGCUAAUAAGUCAUUUGUGGAUGCUAAUGAUUUUGAGAUGGCAUCAGAAAGAGUUAUGGCUGGUUUAGAGAAGAAGAGAAUCAUUAGUGAAGAAGAAAGAAAGACAGUAGCAUUUCAUGAAUCUGGUCAUGCUGUUGUUAGUUGGUUUUUAAAGGGAGGUCAUCCACUUCUUAAAUUAACUAUUAUUCCUAGAAGUAAGGGUUCGUUAGGUUAUGCUUAAUAUUUACCUAAUGAAUCCAGUUUGGAGACUAAAUAAGAAUUAUUGGAUAGAAUAUGCUGUAUUUUGGGAGGUAGAGUGGCUGAAGAGAUUUUCUUUGGAUAGGUCACUACUGGAGCAUAUGAUGAUUUAAAAAAAGCUUAUGAUGUUGCUCAUAGUAUAGUUACCAAGUUUGGUAUGAAUGAGAACAUUGGAUAUGUUGGAUUCUAAGAAGGAUAAUUUUAGAAACCUUAUAGUGAUGGGACUAAUAAAUAGAUAGAUGAUGAAAUUAGAAAGCUUAUUGAAGAACAGACAAAUAGAACAAGAUUAUUAAUAAAUGAGAAAAAAGAAUAUGUUAAUAAGUAUUUUUUUUUAAUACGAUUUUAGAUUGGCUUCAACUUUGUUAGAAAAAGAGACUCUCGACUUAUAAAAAAUAAUUGAAGUUUUGGGAGAAAGACCAUUUGCACCUAAAUCAAAUUAUAAGGCAUAUUUAGAUAUAAAAAAAGAAGAUUAAGAAACAGCUUCUAAAUGA